AGUAUUUUCAUUUUUUCUUGUUCAUGUACUUAAAGCCGAAGUUUUAUGUCGCUGUUUAUGAAGUGUUUUUUGCGUAAUGCAUUGAUUAAUUUUCAAACUCUGGUAUAUUCGCGUUAAGAUGCAUUCUUUUGAAACAACUCAGUCUAAUGUCCCAGCUUUCUUAGUGAAGCUGUGGAAAUUAGUUGAAGAUACGUCGUGCGAUGAUUUGAUUGCAUGGAGCGAUAACGGUACAAGUUUUAUUAUUCGGGAUCAAGCAAAGUUUGCCAAAGAAUUACUACCACAAUACUUCAAACAUAAUAACAUGGCUAGCUUUAUUCGUCAACUAAAUAUGUAUGGCUUUAGAAAAGUCAUGAAUUAUGAAAGAACAAGCAUACGAGGUGAGAGUGAUGAAAUGGAAUUCAUGCACUCAUUCUUUUGCAAAGGACAAGGCUCUCUUCUAGAACUUAUAAAAAGAAAGAUUCCGAACACAAAAGUUGCUGAACCACCCAUUAAAUCAAAUGCAAAAGAUAUUUUAACAGACCUUACAUCAAUUAAAGAAAAGCAAGAAACUAUGGACAAUAUGCUUUUGAAAAUGAAACAAGAAAAUGAACUUUUAUGGCGAGAAUUGACCAGCAUGAGGCAAAAACAUAAAGCCCAAGAGCAAAUAAUUCAAAAAGUUAUCCAAUUCCUUAUCUCUAUCGUUCAAAGGAGCAAUCAGAACGUAGGUGUUCAAAGGAACAUAACCCGUAUGUUGCAAGAUAUUCCUGGUAAGCAAGCAAACACGAAACUGACCCGUUCAAUUGAUGUUUUGAAUAAAAAGAAGAAUUGCUUCAUCACGGACAAAGUUGUGAGCCCACUGGGUCCAGUCAUUCAUGAAGUUACUGAAUUUGAUCAUGAAUCAGAUUUUUUGAAUCCUCCAUCAGCAAAAUCAAUGGAUGAGAAAAGUGACAAAGGAAUUUCAGAAAUUGAGAUUGAAAGUGAAAAUCCCAUGAAUUCAAGUCUUAACAGUCCUAUCAGUACUUCUUUAGCCCUUGAACCUUUAAGCAUUCUUGAGCCUCUUCAGUCUAGUGGAAUACCUACCGGUGAUGAAGCAUGCAACUCUGCUGGAGAAUCUGUAUUAGGGAUUCCACUAGAAUACAUAAACAUGCCUAUCGAAGAAUCCCCAGUGGAUGCUACGUCGCUACCAGUAGAAAAUGAUAAUUCUGGUACAAUAUCUGUGUCUGAAAAUAACUUUGAAGCUGUUCAAUCUUUCAGUCCUAAUCCCCAAACUGUUCUUUUUUCUCCCUCUCCCGAAAAAAAGGACUUAGAAGAUAUCAUGUUUGAAUCCUUGAAUACACCGCAGGUGCCUGUAAUCCACAUUGAAGAUGAUGCACCUGUAAGUAAUAUGAAUCAAGAUUAUAAAAAUUUCAAAAAGAGUCCUGUUAAAGCUCAAACUUCUGUGAAAGGAAACCUUUUGAAUGGCAAUCAAGUACAAAAGUCAACAGGGGAAGUUUUGGCUCAAAAUGAUCAUAACUACCAGUUGGCAGUUCCCGCAAACUCUUCAAGUCUGAUAAGGACACCUGCCUUAACGAAUGUUGGAAAAAGAUGUGCUCCUUUCUCUCAAUAUUCUGAAAGGGGCUACUGUACUCCAGUGCCCUUAAUGGAUAAAAGGAACACCCUUUCCAAUCACUUGCUGAAUGUUGAAGAAGAAUUGAAUUGGCUUCAAGACCAAAUUGCCUCCAAUACAUGGAAUAUAGAUGCCAACAAGCUUCUUGGGGUAUGUCCUCUAUCAUGGGAUAAUUGGACUACUCUUGAUACUCAGCUUUUCAGCUCUGAUGAUGUUGCCAACAAUGAAUCAUUAAUUGGAGAUAUUUCUGUUGAAAACAUUAAAAGUGAACCUAUUGAUAUUGUUGGAAAUGAACUUGUGCAAUUUACACCUUCCAUGUUAGAAGUGGAGCUUAAUGCAGACAGUAAUCCUUUCUUUGAUUGCUUGAAUCAAGAUGCACAAGUGCCCAUUGCAAGUGAUGGAACACUUGAACAGAAAGAGAUUUUGAAUGUUUUAAAUGAACCUUUAGAUCAGAUGGCUGCAUCAGAAGCUGCUGAAUACUUCUUGGGCAAUAAAGACACUCUUAAACGUAACUCCCCGAAGCGGCGGUCAAAAUGUCCGAAAUCAAACAAAAAUAAAAGGAAGAAAUUGAAAUGAUGAACCUAGUUUACAGCUCUUGGUAUUAAAAUUGCUUAUCAGUGUGUACAUAUAAAUCAGCCUGAGUUUUAUAUGUCUGUCCACUAGAAACUAUGCACAAGAACUAACAGGUUAGUUACAAAUGCAGGGAUUUACUUUUCUUCUUUGUAUAGCUUGUUUGGUGGGUUUGAAGGCUAUGAAGAAUAACUGCACUUGAUUCAUCGAUCUGUGCAAAACAAUAACAACCUGUAUAUAUCAUUCUUCUUAAUUAUUUGAGUUAUGUACAAUUAUGUUCCAUGGUGAUAGUGACGAUCUGUAUUUAUGAUGAAAUUGUACAUCAGACAAGUUAUCUAUGAUUGUUAUGUCUCCUGGUUAAUGCAAAAUAUGUACAUAAUAAAAGACAGUAAAAUCCUUUCGAGUAUUAUCACCGACUUUGGUUCUAGUGUCUAACAUCAACUGCAAUGUUUAUUCAAUUGAAAAAAUAUUUUAUCCAUUUUUCGCCCUGAACUAAAAAUUUAGCUUAAGCUUUAAAUAAGGCAAUUAGAUUAUGCAGUUUGAAUAUGUGAAUCCCCUACAAACGCCAAUGUAAUUUAAUAUUCUCCAUGUUUAUUUAAAUAUAAAAAACUUUAAACAAUAGAAUCUGCUUGUAUGUAGUUUUAACUCCAAAUGAAAUGUUAACAUAAUUUCAACUUGUUUCAUUAAUAUCUUGGCAUUAAAUGUUUUGUACAAAGCUCUUAAGCAGUGAGCAAAGCAUAUGCUCUUUUAUAAUUCACCAAAUGUACUUAUAUUUUUGUCUAACACUUGUUAAACCCUCCCUGUUUUGAUUUUUUUUUUUUUUUAAUCUUCAAAUUCACUGUAAUUUCAUUACAUUUUUUAAGGAAAUAAUAAGGCAUUUCCGUUUGCUGUUUUUCAAAAUUGGUUCUUGAGCAAAUGAUCUGAAAUACAGCUAUCAUACAUGCUUUUUAUAUAAAUCUUCAUGCAUCCUCUUAUUUCCAUUUUUUAAAAAUACAUCUUUUGUUGUGAGUUUGUAAAAAUGAAGAAUCUGAUAAUUUUAAGGAGUAAUAGAUUUACGUUGAUAGUGUUUUUAAAGUAUUUAAUAAAGUGAAUGCAUUUAAAAUGUAAUUUUCCAUGCCGGUUUCUGUGAAACAAAAUCCUAAUCAACUUUUAUUUGUUUUCAUUUGUUCUGUUUUUCUCAAUAAAAGACUGCAACAGAGUCUAUUUUUUGGAACGAGAUAUUGUCGAUUAAAUCUAGAUAAUCUUAAUUCUUCUUUUUUCAAUACAUUUGUGCUUGCAAAAAAAGAAAAAAAAAUAUUGUUAUUAAAUCUUGUACAUAAGCCGUAGUGAUCAUGAGUAAAGCAGACUUGCAUACUCUGAUGCCCAAACUAGAUGCUCUCAAUAGAUUUUCAUUCACUAGAUCUUCAUUCAUGCGGUUGAAAUUUGUACUGGUCAUUUGUAAAUUGCAGAUGUAAAAGAUUUGUCAUACACUGAGAUUUUUUUUAAAACUUUGUUUAUAUUAUGCACAAAAAUAUACAAGCUUAUGGUGUACGUUUUUUAGUUACUUUUUAAUAUUAUUUUUUCACAUUUUACUAGCUCAAAGUUUAUACAUUUUGUAGAAUUUUGCUUCAGAGGUUUUAAACAAUGUCUCAGAACUAAUUUUCUGCAAAGUUGUUUUUUUUUUUUUUAUUUACCUUGUUUAUAUUUUAAUCAUGACCUAGUUUAUCUGAUUCAUGUACCAAUACCUUGCUAUAUUGGCAUUUUUUGCUGUUGUCAAAAAAUUUCAAUAUUUAAUGCUUGCACAAAAACCAAGUCUAGCAAUUAUUCUAUGUGUACAAAAUUUGAAAAUAUAUUCAUGAUUAGUAGCCUAUUAAAUUUUCAAAGUUCAGGAACAACAGAAUAAUAUUUUUAUGCAUAAGAAAUAUUAAACUUAUUUACUUUAAAAAAAGUGUAAAGUUGAAUUUAAGCAUAAAUGAAAGAGUGUCAAUUCGAUAACAUAAACGUACUAAUACCAAAACAUUGUUUUAUGAUCGAUUUUAAUUUGUGAUAUUAAGUUACGCUGUGGAAAUAACUUUUUCUUGGAUAGUCUAUAGCUAUUUCAAAUCAGAUAAAUUUGUGUGGAAAAAAAACCUAUAAAGAACAGCAAAAUUAUAUACUUGGCAAGAUUCCCACUACAUUAUAUUGUUACUCUAUUUAAUUUUGUGUUAUCCAGAACAUAUUAAAUAUUUUUAAAAUCUGUGUUGCAUAUUUUUGGUUCAUUGUCUGUAUUUCAGAUAUGUGUGGCAAUAGUUAUACGUAGAAAUUAAGAUACUUCAUAUAAUAAUUUUGUUCUGCUUUUUCUUCUUCAUUCUUAUACAAACUUCUUUUGCUGUUUUCUGAUGUUAAACUAAUAGCUGUGAUUAAAUGUAAAUGAUGGAUUUCGAAUAAAAGGUAU